AUGGGUCAAACUGGAGAACGAUCCGAAAUUGUAUUCUUCGACGUGGAAACCACCAUCCCCACCAGAGCCGGCCGGGGUUAUGCCCUUUUGGAGUUUGGGGCCAUGUUGGUUUGCCCCAAGAAGCUAAAGGAGCUCCAUGCUUACUCCACAUUGAUCCGACCCGCCAACCCUUCCCUCAUCUCCCCCGCCUCUGUACGCUGCAACGGCAUAACUCGCGAGGCUGUUGCCUCCGCUCCUACUUUCGCCGACAUCGCCGACACGGUUUAUGAACUUCUUCAUGAACGGGUUUGGGCGGGCCAUAACAUCUUAAGAUUUGACUGUCUUCGCAUCAGAGAGGCAUUUACUGAGAUUAAUCGGCCGCCACCAUCACCUAAAAGGACGAUAGACUCAUUUCCUGUGUUGACUCAGACGUUUGGCAGGAGAGCUGGAAACAUGAAGAUGGCUACUCUUGCAGCAUACUUUGGGCUUGGGCAGCAGACGCAUAGGAGCUUAGAUGAUGUUCGUAUGAAUCUGGAAGUUAUCAAGCACUGUGCAACAGUCCUCUUCUUGGAAUCAUGUCUUCCAGAUGUACUCGAAAGUCGGGUUUCUCCAAAGGUUGCUGCAAGAAGAAGUCGCAGUGUGGGAAAAUCUUUACAAGACAAGGGCUUAUCAGAUAUGGAAACAGCAUCCAUGUUAGUAUCACCCAUUGCAACUGAAUCUGACGAAGAAAAACGGCCAACGACAUCUUCUCCUGUUGCAACGUGCAGCUCAGAAGGCUCUAAAUUAGCUAAUCCAGUUCAGUAUCCUCAACCACAAACGACUUGUCCAGCUGCUUUAUCUGAGGCCAGUUGGAGCACCGGCAGUGAUUUUGCUGUUUUGAAGCCUGAUAAAUCCUGA